AUCUGUCGGCGCCCGCCCGGUGCUUGGUGAGCGUUCGUACAGAGCGGUGAGGUGCUGCUAUGGCUUCCAGUGGGGCCGGCGUGACCGCUGCGGGCUCAGCAAAUGAAGCUCCCGAAAUUCCAGACAACGUGGGGGACUGGCUUCGGGGCGUCUACCGCUUCGCCACCGACAGGAAUGACUUCCGGAGGAACUUGAUUCUCAAUUUGGGACUCUUUGCUGCUGGAGUUUGGCUGGCCAGAAAUUUGAGUGACAUUGACCUAAUGGCACCUCAGCCUGGGGUCUAGCCGGUGUAGACACAUGGAACCCCUGUGCUGUACUCGACCCCUUCAAAAACAGCCUCCAAUCUGUGACCAUCACCAGACUUGCCCUGAUGGCGGCUGAAGUUUGUCAGAUGGCACCUUCCCUUCCCUGCCUGACUUCCUUUUUUUUGCUGAGUCCACUCAGGACACCCUUCUCUGCUCAACAGGCAGGCUUCAGCUAAAGUACUGUCUUCUGUUCUGUAAAAUGCUGUACAUAGCUCCUAAGUUUCUGCAGGGGCUGAUCUUGGCUCUUGUCCUGAGGAAUAAUCUAAUGGUAUUUUAACAAAUAAAGCGUGUACACUAAGAUA